UUGAAACUCGAAACCCCAUCUCUGUAAAUGUAAUAACGUAGACUCUCACUUCCAAAACUCUCGCGACAAUGGCGGCCUCGAACCUCCUCUCACAGCCCCCAACACUUCCGCACACCAAACACCUCAAGCUCUUUUCAACCCCCCUCGCCGCAAGCCUCAUCUCCCCCUUCAAAUUGAAGCCCCUUUCAGCGUCUAUCAGAGCCCGCCCUCCCAGGGCAGUCCUGUCUACGCCGGAGCCCAAAACCCACAAAUUGGAGCACUGUUUUAGGAAAUCGGGCGAUGGAUUCCUGUACUGCGAAGGGGUUAAGGUCGAACAAGUCAUGGAAGUCGCCGAGAAAAGGCCAUUCUACUUGUACAGCAAGCCGCAGAUUAAGCGGAAUGUCGAGGCCUACAAAGAAGCGUUGGAGGGCUUGAAUUCCAUCAUCGGCUACGCGAUUAAGGCCAAUAAUAAUCUCAAAAUCUUGGAGCUUUUGCAGAGCUUGGGGUGUGGAGCUGUUUUGGUUAGUGGAAAUGAGCUUAGGCUGGCGCUCCAAGCUGGCUUUGAUCCUACCAGGUGCGUAUUUAAUGGGAACGGAAAGAUCUUGGAGGAUCUAGUCUUGGCUGCCGAAGCAGGUGUUUUCGUGAACAUUGACAGUGAAUUUGAUUUGGAGAAUAUAGUGGCUGCUGCAAGAAUUUCUGGGAAGAAGGUUAAUGUGCUCCUGCGCAUCAAUCCGGAUGUUGAUCCUCAGGUCCAUCCUUAUGUUGCAACGGGAAACAAGAACUCCAAGUUUGGUAUCAGAAAUGAGAAGUUGCAGUGGUUUUUAGAUGCUGUGAAGUCACACCCCAACGAACUGAAGCUUGUCGGGGCCCAUUGUCAUCUUGGUUCUACUAUUACAAAGGUAGACAUUUUUAGGGACGCAGCAGUUUUGAUGGUGAACUACAUAGAUGAGAUCCGAUCCCAAGGUUUUGAAAUAGAUUACUUGAACAUUGGAGGUGGGCUUGGGAUAGACUAUUAUCAUACUGGAGCUGUCCUUCCGACUCCAAGAGACCUAAUUGACACUGUACGUGAAUUGGUUCUUUCACGAAACCUCAAUCUCAUAAUUGAACCUGGAAGAUCGCUCAUUGCUAACACUUGCUGCUUUGUCAAUCGCGUCACUGGAGUGAAAACCAAUGGAACAAAAAAUUUCGUUGUGAUUGAUGGGAGUAUGGCUGAGCUUAUUCGACCUAGUUUAUAUGGAGCUUAUCAGCACAUAGAGCUGGUUUCACCUUCACCUCCAAAUGCUGAGGUCUCGACAUUUGAUAUAGUCGGUCCUGUUUGCGAGUCUGCUGAUUUCUUGGGAAAAGAUAGGGAACUACCCACGCCAACUAAGGGUGCUGGGUUGGUAGUUCAUGAUGCUGGUGCCUACUGCAUGAGCAUGGCUUCCACUUACAAUCUCAAAAUGCGACCUCCGGAAUAUUGGGUUGAAGAGGACGGAUCAGUAUCCAAGAUCCGACACGGGGAGACAUUCGAAGACCAUUUAAGAUUAUUUGAGGGACUUUAGAUUGUUUCUGGUGUCCGUUGUUUCAGGUAAGUGUCUUGGACGCUGGUCAAAUUUGGUUUCGGCACGCUGUCUGUAUCUGACUAUUGUAUCUCAGAAUAUUCUGUUGGCUGAAUAAAAAUGGAGACUUUUGUUUUCCA